UGCCUUCUUUUUGGAAUAGUGUGGUUUACACUCUUAAAGUCAUGGCUCCACUUGUGAAAGUGCUUCGUCUUGUGGAUGGUGAAAGGAAACCAGCCAUGGGCUAUAUUUAUGAAGCAAUGGACAAGGCAAAAGAAACAAUUAUCAAGUCUUUCAACAACAAUGAAAGCAAGUACAAAGAUGUGUUUGCAAUCAUUGAUAAAAGAUGGAAUUGUCAGCUUCAUAGGCCAUUGCAUGCAGCUGCCCACUUCUUAAAUCCAGAGUUUUUUUAUGACAACACUGACUUGGAGUUUGAUUUUGAGGUCACCAAUGGUUUGUUUGAGUGCAUUAAGAAGUUGAUUCCACAAUUUGAUGUGCAACAAAACAUUCUAACCGAGCUGCAUCUUUACAACAUUGGUGCUGACCACUUUGGUUCCGACUUUGCAAUGGCUCAAAGGAAAACCCAUUCUCCUACAUAUUGGUGGCGAAUGUUUGGGUCACAAACUCCAAAUUUGCAGAAGCUACCUAUUAAGAUUUUGAGUUUGACUUGCAGUGCUUCAGGAUGCUUUGGGGGUUGGAAGUGUAGGAUGUAUACUAGGCGGAAAAAGCAAAAAACAAGUGUUGCUGCUGCCCAAACUUCUAAAAAACAGGCAAUGGUUGUUGGAUCUUCAUCAAGGAAGCAAAAAGAAGUCCAAGAAAAUGAUGAGGAUCUAGAUGUUGAGGAGAAUAUUGAUGUUGAAUCUGAAGAAGAAGAAAUCAUGGUCAAUUUUGAGGCGUCUGAUGGGGAAGAGGGAAAGGGAGAUGCUCCAUUACCAUAUGAUAACAACGAAGAUGAUUAUGUUGGGAUUGGAGAAGAUGAUUAG